CAACUCCAGCGAAGAUCCAAAAGGAGAACUGGCGAAUCAAGCCGAGGCCCUCCAGCCAAGAAGGGUCGAACAGAAGAUCCUCCUAAGGACGCGCCAUCUGGGCGAAGUCCUGCGCCAACUGGGAAAAGUCAUGCCCCUCCUCCAGUUCCUUCUGAGCAGCAGACUACUCCUGCCCCACUGAAUCCUCCAGCUGCGCCUGCCAGGGAGCAGCCUUCUCGUGAAUAAGCUCUCGGGGCCAAACUCAUGAGCCGCACCCUUCGAUCAGCCAGGGAUCGCCUCGACCGCAUUGGAAAAAGCGACCGUGUCAGAGAUGCAAUGGUCGAGGCUGAAGACAUGGGGGCUGACCAGGUUCUGAACAGGACCUUGAAUGAGAUUUCCAGCGCCUUGCUGUCUGCCCUCACUGCUCGUACCCGCAUCCAAGCUUCCAUCGAGCAGGCCAAAGCAAAGGCCACUGAGAGGCAUCACGUGAAGGCAGCUGAGGAGCUUUCGGCUGCAGAGGCUAAGCACGCCAAGGAGUUGGAAGCACUGGCUCGGGAGAGGGAUGCUGCGGUGACCAAACUGUCAGAAGCUGAAGCCGCAAAGGACGCCGCAGUAAAGUUGAGGCAGCAGUACCGAGACUCCAAUCAAACCCACCUUCGCGAGAUCAAGCAUUUUGGAGAGACACUCAAGUCCAAGGACGAGGCUAUUGUCACUCUUGAAGGUAAGGUGAAGCAGCUGGAGCUUGAUAACUCCAAGAAUCUGGAAAAGUACAAGAGGACGACACUCCGAUGUUUCUACAACUUUUAGAAACAUAAUCAGGGUGCCGACUUUAGCUAUCUUUCGGAGGAAGUCAGGACUGCUGAGUUGGCUCGCUGCACUGCCCAACUGACCGAGGAGGAGGCAAGAUUGAGGAUCCCUGCCUCUCCAAGCAUCGUUGGCGUGGAAGAAGAAGAAGUUGUGGAGGACGCUACUAACCAGGAUGCUGCCCAGGACCCUCCGGCUCCAAAUGCCUCUUAAAACUUUCCAUUUAUUUUUUUCUUUCUUUUUGGAUAUACGACCCACGGGUCAUGAUGUAAAGACAAUAAUUUCUUUUUAAAAGUUUCUACAUGGGCAGUAGAUCUUUUUUUUUUCUUUUACUCGAACAGUUACAUCCAAGCGACGAUGCUUACGGUGUAAAAGCUUAA